CAUUCAUUCAAUAAGUUUUUGUCAAACUGUUGAGUCGUUUAAGAUAUUUAAACAAUAGUCUCAUAAAAGGUUUUCUUAAUUACUAUUUAAACCAAAAAUGAAUUUCAUUCGUCUGUAUAUCUAUCCCGUAGUCAUCGCUAUUCUCAUACCUCUAUUGGUUUUAGUGCCUUACCUAAUAGCCAUACAUCAGGAACAUGUGGCCCCAUUCCUCCCAUACACCAGUGAUACCGGGAUUAAUGCCAUUGAAUCGGCAGUGUUUGCACAAACUACCCUUAUCAUUGCUUUAUUAUUCGCGGUUCUGUCUUAUCUGCAAUACUUGCAAAUCAACACAAUCUACACAUUGAGUGAAACAGUGAUUCAAUUAAAGGCAUCCAUAAUGAAGAACAGAUCAAAGAUCAUUAAAUUCAACCGAUGGUCACUAUUUGUGGCCAUUUAUAUAGUACUAGCCUUAACUUCGGUGGUCAGCUUCCGGUCCAAUGAGUUCCCAAUCAUUCACCCAAUUAUUGUCAUCACUCUAUUCAUUGCGAUUCUGGUGUUCAUUGCGCUUAAGAGUUGGCUUUCAUUAAGACUUUCGCCACAAAUUAACACUAAACUGGUAGCCAAGGCUCGCGUUAUAAUCUCGGUCAUAAUGCUAAUAUCAUUGAUAAUAUCACUGGUGUGUGGCAUCUGGGCAUUCGCAGUGACCAAGAAUACCAAAGUGAAGCAAAGACUCAACUGGGACUCUAAAGAUGAUGGAUAUAUACCGCAUGUGAUCAGUGCUAUCACACAAUGGCUUUUCCUCAUACUUUUGUCGCCGUUUUUCGCCACAUAUUUCAAGGAAAUGAAAGCCAUGACAAUACAUAACGGAGUGCUAAAGAUGAUGGAUAUAUACCGCAUGUGA